AUUUCUUCAGUAUUUGUUGGGCCGUUCUAGCUCUCAGGCGUUCAGGUCUCUCCAAGAGAUAUUUUUCAUAAGCAUGUAUACAAAGUUGCUCAUAGAGAUUAAGGAGAGUGGUUUUGUUAAUAAUAACGUGUGUUUCAUAUUUUCGUCGAUCGCUUUUGUGUUACAUACACCGUGUGUCCGAAAAAAACUGUAAAAACUGUACGAGAAGUGCUUUAUUGAAUACCUCGUAGCUUUAAGCAGCUGCCGCUGUCUCGGCGGGAGCCUCAAGUCAGGGCAAAAUUGUGAUAUUAGUGAUAGUGACUUAAAUUAGAACCAAAUUGACGAAUCCAUGGCUGAAUUUAAAAUCGAGUUUGACGACGCCGCGACGUUAACCGACGACUAUCUCCUGUCGGACGACAUCUGGAAGCAGUUCCAAAUCGAAGAAAUGCAACUGCAAUCAUUACCAUCGUCAUUCGACUCCUCCUCCUCCUCCUCCUUCCUCUGCGACGAGAAAAACUGUCAAGUCAAAUACGACUGCAUGUGGAAUGGCCACUGCAAAGGCGCCCAUGGAAAUCGAAGCUGUAAUAGUAAGACGACACCUGGCGAUGUCAAAACACCUGUCGUGCAGGUGCUAGGGCCCCAGCAGAGUCUCCUCAAGCCUGACCUCAAGUUGAGUGUCGAUCCGAAUACGGUUGUGCCGAUGAUGCCCUCAUUGCACUACUCGAUACAAACCCCACCGAUUUCCGAUGAUGAGGACACCAAACCCACGCAAAUUCUGCAAAGUUUGGUAUCGGCACUUUCCGAAAAUGAACUCGACGAUGCCGAUUUGUCCGAUUAUUUCAAAGAUGAUGACGCGUGGGGAUUCUUCGAUGAUGGGUUAGACGAAGAAGAGGAGGAGGAGGAAGAAGAGGAGGAAGAAGAAGAUGAUGAAGAACAGAGAAAACAUGAAAAUGACAUGAGGGCUUUCUACGCCGCCACUGAUCAUAGCUAUCAUAAGGGGACGGCGCCACUGCAUUCCGCCAGUUUGGGCAUCGAUACCCCCUCAGACUCCGAAGAAGAAGAGAUCGACGUGGUAUCCCUCGAGAAGAAGCCCCCCGUUGGGGCCCUCCCCACCAACCCCUCGACGAAAGACCGUCGCCAGAUCCAGCGCACGAUGCAGAGUCGCUUCCCCCAAGGCCUCAAAACCAUCAUGCCGGUGCGACAGCAGCCCCCCAAGAAAGCCCCCCGACGAGUCAAGCAAAGUCGCCAAUACAAACGCCGAUUGAACUACAGCAGCGACAGCGAACCGGAACCGUCAGAAAAGCGCCAUUUGCACAACAACAUGGAAAGACAGCGACGCAUCGACUUGCGAAAUCUCUUCAACGAUUUGAAGAAAUUAAUCCCGGAUAUUAGCAAAAAACAGAGGGCGGCGAAAGUGUUGAUACUCCGGGGGGCUGCCCAGUACUGCCAGGACCUGCAAAGCACCCAUGAGGCGCUCGCACGCCGGACGGAGGCUCUGAGACAGCAACAGGCCCGAUAUAGGGCUCAUUUGGCCAAGUUGCGACGCGAUUGCGCCGCCAAACGCUAACUUAUUCGAAUAGGUAAUAACUGUGAUUAUCAACGUUGUUUUGUUUAUUAAGAGGGGGCUUGUGCCCCCACAUAGGGGUAGGAUUUGUGCUUGUUAUUGAUUAGGAGGAAAUACCAUUCAUUUUGCAAUUAUUUUUUCCAGUUUGUGAUAAAAUGCUCUAUUGUAUGUAAGAAUUUCAGUUGUUUUCGAGCACAAUCACAACAAAUUGCUCCUUGUACAUACUUUUUUAUUUUUAACGGUUUUUUUUAUGUAUAUUAUGUUAUGUCGAGGAUUGGGAAAAAUCCCCAAGUUGUGUAUAGUUUUGAGGACAAUAUUUUGUUUUUGUUUUAUGAUGAGCUCACUAGAUUUGUUUCUUCAGUGCCUUCAAUAGUGAGGUUAGGUUCGGUUUACGCGCUACAUGUUUUGUGAUAGUAGAUCGUAAGUUUGUUUAGUUUCAUGUGGGCUCAUUGUGUGUAUGUGUUUGUUACAUAUUGUCCAUUUUAGUCUUCCUGAGUCGUAAGAUCAAGAGAAUUGUUGUGUUCAUGAUUUUACUACAGUAUUUUAUACUUUUGAUAAAACAAAAUUAAACACAAAAAAAUGAAGCAAAAAAAAAGAAAACACAAAAAAAAUCGGUUUUUACCAAGUACCUGUGAUGUAAACCUCGCUGUUGACCAAAUAUAUAUUUUAAAAGUGUCACAAGACACCGAGUUUUUUUCUUUCAGUGUGACACAGGGCAAUUCUCUAACUUAUGACCCUUUUGUGGUGACGCAAAUGUUUACAAGUAAUAACCACAUUACUUUUAAUUUCGUUAUUUGUACUUAUAAAUAACUACUUGUAAUCAUUGGUUGUAAUAAUUAGUCUUAUAGUUUUUAUCAGUGGUGCCAACCACCACUAUUCUAGUUCCUUUAAGUUACGAAUUACAUUGCUUUAUAAAAAAAAAACUCAUUUAUUUCAAUUU